AUGGGACAAUAUUCUGCAUCUAUUGGUAAAAACAAUUUCAAAGACAAAGGAUUAGCCCCUAAUUGACAAUUCCCAUUAUAGACUAAUUUUAAAAUUAGGCGAGGAGACUCAAAUAAAUCACCACAGCUAGAAAGAACAUACUAAAAUUAGUACAAUUACAAAGUUUGGUUGCGAAAUGUUGUAAAACGAGGAAAAUAUAGCCUUACAAAGUUCGCAAAUUUUGUAUACUUUUGUAUUGCUUGCGGAAAUUCCUACCACAUUCCUACCACAUUUAGACCGAAAAUGGUCGCACGCAAUACAAAAGUAUACAAAAUUUGCGAACUUUGCAAGGCUAUAUUUUCCUCAUUUUACAACAUUUCGCAACCAAAUUUUGUAAUUUUACUAAUUUUAGUAUGCUCUUUCUAGCCGUGGUGAUUUAUUUGCAUCUCCUUGCCUAGUUUUAAAAUUAGUCUAUAAUGGGAAUUGUCUAUUGGCCCUUCCUUAAUCAGAUAUCGAGUAAUAAGGUGGCUGGCAGAAAGCCUUCAAUCCGAUCAGGUUUGAGCGGCGUCCUUCGCAAUUCAACUUAGUUCACAGCUGCAAGUAAGGACGUCGAUUAUCAGCACAUCCCCACUUACUUACAAUUAUAUUCCAUACAUGAUGCUAAAAAAUGUAUAUGGCAUAUAUAAUUUCAGAAUGCAAAAAAGAUAUCCUCAUUCUCUGGGACAAUUCUGCGUCUAUUGGCGAAAACAAUUUCAAAGACAAAGUAAUACCUUUCCUAACACAACUAGUCACCAACACCAAGCUGAACGUGGCUAAAGAGGGAACGCAUAUUGGUUUUACCACAUUCUCCACAGAAGACAAAACUAAACCAUUGUUGAAAGUUGGGGAGAAAACAGAGGCAGAUGAGUUGACAAGUUGGCUGAAAACGUUAGACUAUAGGAAUGAUCUGAUGGGCGAUCAGACCUACACUGGAAAGGCAUUCGAGCUUGCAAGCACUGAUGUAAGUCAACCCAAACCAUGUUGCUUGGCCAGAUUACAUUUUUCUAACUGUCUGUGCCAAUGUAGGUGGUGACGAUGAUAAGAAAGCUGCGGAUUGAUAGGGUUGCAACUACCUGCAAAAUACAAGGAGAACUACGACAUUUCGAGCGAAGGCCCUUUUACUAACUUCCCUACGAAGGGCCCAGGGUGAAUUCCAUGUAAACUCUACGCCGGAGAUACGCCAACAUGUACGAUCCUUUGCGCCAAUUUUCAAUUUUGGGGACUUAAAUCCAUGUUUUGAAAAUAGCCAAUAUGGUGUGUUUUUAAUAUGUACUGCAUGUCAACAUCAUAUUUGUGUAGUUAUACUGUCUGUCAAUUUACAUGUGGCCAUGAAAUCAAGCACAAGCUAAUCACUUGUUUUCGAGUGAUCUCACGCCAUUGCGCCAACAAUUUUGUAACCUCACGCCGGAUAUAUCCGGCGUGGAGUGCAAGCGCUUUCGCUCGAAACGUCGACGUUCUGCUUGUAUUUUUCAGGUAGCUGUAUCCCUAUCAAUCCUCAGAUUUCUACAUUCGAUUUCUACAUAUUAUUGCGAUUUCUAGUGCGAUUUUGUUCUUCUGAUGGAUGUGAACGAGUAAAUAAGUUACGAGUGUUCUGAGUAUGUAUGUCACAUUGAUGCACCCUCAUGUAAACAUUCCUAACUCAUCCACUCGUUCACAUACAUCAGCAGGAGAAAAUCGCACCUAAAAUCGCAGCAAAAAUUGCAAGUGUAAACAAAUCUCGUACCCAGAGCAACGGCUCCCUCGCCCGCGCACAGACAUUGCUCUGGGUACGAGAUUGAGUGUAAACGGGCCUUAAAGUGCACAGAAAAUUUCCGCUAAAUCGAAAAUUUCGAAUCUUUUGAAAACUUUAUAUGUUAGUGUGGGUAGUUUGGGGUCUUCUGCUAUCUCUAUUACAAAUUAUUCAGAAAAGUAAAUUUUCCGGAGGCUGUUUUGGAAACCACUUUAAAAAUGGCUUGCGCACAAAAAUGGUAGGUUUAAAAUGCAAUUUGAAUUCACAUGCAAGAUGCAAAUUUAGAGGGUGUUUUAUGAACUAUCAAAGUACCAGACAAUUUGAUGUACAUUGAGUCGAACGCGCGACCACUAAAACUUGGAUUUUUUUGCCAUAAUUGUUUUAGGCUUUUGCGCAUAAUUUUUAAUUAAAGAGGCUGUCAAGUCCGUUCUGCUCAUGCGUCUGUUUUGUUUACAUUUUUUGUGGGCCCACAAGUUAGCUCAUUACGCAUUCAGAAUAUAUCACGAAGGAGAAAUUGAACUACUAAAUAAAAAAUUUAGCCCCAAAACAACAAAUUUUAAAUCCAAAACGCUAAGAAGCACUUCUUACAAAGGUAUGGACAACAUUUGAUUGAAAUUCGUACACAUUUAGCUUUAAAAUGACGAAUUUAAAAUUGAAAAUGUUGACGGCCGUUAACAAACACAUCUUUAUACAAAGGCUUGAGCUAAAUGUAUACAAAUUUUCAUUAAAUUUUGUCCAUACCUCUGUAAGAAGUACUUCUUAGCGUUUUGGAUUUAAAAUUUGUUGUUUUGGGGCUAACUUUUUGCUUUAGUAGUUCAAUUUCCCCUUCGUGAUAUAUUCUGAAUGCGUAAUGAGCUAACUUGUGGGCCCACAGAUGGGAAUUUUAAUUAAUUAUCUAUUGUUUGAAACAAAAAUGUAAACAAAACACGCGCAUGAGCAGAACGGACUUGACAGCCUCUUUAAGCUUUUGUAAAAAUUGUGCGAGAAAUUAAUCAUGCAUAAAAUCAAUCAUGCAAAUAUAACCAGUCGCACAAAUGAUAAAAUUAAUUAUGCGUAAAAGGCUACUAUGGGAAAAAAGCUCAAGUUUUAAAUUGUCUGGUACUUUAUACCGUCGAUUGCAACUAAGCGGAAACACGUCAUGCGAAAACGCGCUCUAAUUGGACAUGAAACAUAACAUGUUUGGACUUUUUGACGGUUUAUAAUUAUUUUUCCCGCGAAAACGUAACAAAGUUAGUACAAACAUUGCAAACAAUACUGAUUUGUCCACUAUAAACGCAAAACUCGCAAAUUUACAGCAUGUUAGAACUUCACUAAGGCCUGUUUCACACGUCCAAUUUAAUUCAGACGAAUUUAAUCACGGAUUUAGUGUUUGCAAGCUAAUCCCCGCCCAAUAUGAAUGUGUUUCUAAAUUUGGAAUAUUGACAGUUGACAGUUGAAACGUAAAUGUUUGCAGUAAAAUCAUGCGAUGUUUGAAAUCCAAACAAAUCAUGUUUGACAGCCAAUUGGACGCAUUUUCUCAUGACAUGUUUCCGCUUAGUUGCAAUCGACGGUAAUUCAUAAUUUAUAAAACACCGAAAAUUUACUUUUCAGAAUAACUUUGUGAUAGAGAUACCAGAAGACCUCAAACUCCCCAUACUAACAUAAUGUUGUCACAAAUUUUGCGCAUUUUUCAGUUUAUUGCAGUUACAGUAGACAUUUUAGAACUGUGCACUUGUUAUACACACUGUAUAAUAAAAUACUUAUUAAUCAAUCGACCAUCAAUCAUUUAAACCAAACAAUCCUCUUGUUUUUAAAGACAUUUAAGUCAGCAAGUCCAUUAAAUCACCGUGCUGGAGUAGACGACGUUGUUAUGUUGUUCACCGAUGGAAAACCAAACCCAAGUGCAGGCAGAAAAAAUCAAAUACCAGUGGCUAACAAGUUUUCGGCAAAACUGAAGAACAAGAAUGUGAAAAUUAUCGGCUUGGCAGUUGGUAAAGAAGAGAAUAUUAAUAAAUUCUAUUCUUACAUUGUCAAAUGGUCAUCACCACCAGAAGAAGACUACGUUUUCAAAGCAGAAUUAACGGAGCUGAACGAUGUCGUGAAUAAACUGGUGGGUCCUUUGUGCGGCUUACCUGCAGGUAAGUGCUGAUACACGAGCCAUGUUGGGCGGUUUCUCUGGUUACGUUUAAGGAAAUGAAUCCAAAACUAAGGUUAUUCCGAUACAUCUUCAGCGUAUAGCGAGAGAAUAAACACUUAAGAAAUCUGACCUCUUGCAUGUAUGUCGGCGUCUACGAUUUUAGCGCAACCUUUACAAUGCUGUCGUCAUGGCGCCAUGUUCCUAGUCAGUGCGGUUAGAGAGGCAUUCAUCCCCCCUAAAAAAACACAUUAAAAAUGGUGGACGUUCAGGGGAUAAAUGCCUCUCGCAAGCACACUGGCUAAGAUUUUCAUGGCGAAUCAUUGGCAUUGCGAAUCAUGGCGUGGCGGCGGUUACGAAUUUUUGGCUGAGUCGGUUCUCUGUAUAGUAUCUCCUCAGUCUGUGGUGUAACUUUAAAAGUGCACGCAUUUAAACUAAGCUAGCUUGCGUGUGCAAUCAAAGCGUAUUAACGUUCAACCACAGAGUACAUACAUAUACAGAGUUGUAACUAGUGUACCCACUUUUCUUGUGCGCGUGCUCGGCAAGUUACUAGAUGCAUGCAUCUGAUUGGAUAGCGGCUCGCCCCUUUAAAACUUGCCGAGCACGCGCAGUUGAUCAUUUUUUGCCCGGUCGCCUGAAAAAAAUUGGAUACAUGAAAACAUAAGCUUCCGCAGUGUUUACAACGGUCAGUUACAGCACUGUAUAUGUAUUUACUAUGUGGUUCAACUUCAUCAAUGCUUUUCUUCUGUUGAGCGGUAGUUCACUUAACAACUGGAACUCUCUGUUAGCUUUUAGUCCGUUAUUUCACACAGCCUUACGUCUCUUGAUGCGUAGUGCUUUUUUCUACAGCACUAAGUUCCAGUUUUUAGAAAAGUCGAUGAUUUUAGUCUAAGUAACUUACAAUAUCCAUGCACAUUAUAGCCAAGCGUAUAAUGCAUGCACACUGUUUUCAAAACAAAAACAAACUGAAACUAUCCGCCGGCAAAGAAUUCUGGAAUUGAAUCCAAUAUAAGAAACUAAACACAUUAGGCUCUUUUAUUUAUUGUGCUUCGCUUCCAAACAUCAUACAAUAAUUGCAUUAAAGAAGCUGGGACACCACAACAGCUUAACACCAAUUACAGUGGGCCAAUUACAGUCGUGUUCUUUGAAUCCUCUUGUGCAUCAUAGCACGACCAUGUCUCUUUUGUCACCCGCAUCCGUUCCCAACUUACUCUGAAUGCGAAUCUGACGCUCAAGACUCCUUUAUGUAACACUACUAAAUAUCAGGAUUCUUUUUUCAACAGGAUAGUAAAAUUAUGGAACAGUGUUUGCAAAAUACCUCCUCCAAACACUUUCUCCAGUGUCAAAACAUCUAAACAUCACCUUUAUAAUUCUUUAUGUUAGUGUGUACUUUUCUUGGUCUAUAUCGCGUGAUUGUCCUUGUUACGGAAGUUGCCUGUCUCAUUCUAUUAAAUUAAAUGUCGUUAUGUUUUCUAUUACCAGUCAAACCCUGCCAAAAGGUUAUGUAUUCACAUCGGUUGGUGUGUUUCUGUUUCGUCUGUCAACAGGAUGACAAAAAAAAACGAUCAAACAGUUUAAUACCCAAUGUCAAGUCGACCAAAUCUUGGCGCCAAGAUUUGUCUUGUUUUUCAGGCGCAAAAAAGGAACGAGCAAUCAAGGACAUGUUUUUUUGUUCAAGCAUGAAUUCGUAGUUGACAUUAGCUGGCGGAGGAGCGCAGUUUUCGAAUGACCUCUAGAUUUCCAAUAUUAACAUGAGCACCAUUUUUAUUUUAUCUCCAGUCGUAUGCCGUUGCACCAAACCUGUGACACCAUUUACUGCAUAUGCUGAACCAGGUCAACAAACAGGAAAGGUCAGUUGGCCAAAACAAGAAGUAGCCUGCACCAACGAUGUUGUUCCUACGCCAGGCCCGGUCCAUCCAUCCGGUGCCAUAUCUGGAGGAAGAUAUUCCCUGGGCAAACACGUAAUUACUUAUCCAUUCUCCUACAACAAUGCUGGCAAGCCAAAAGUUUUGAGUUGCCAGGUCAAUUUCACUGUUGUCCGUAAGUAAAUGUAAUCAAAUAACAUUUAUAUAAUAAUCUUUAAGUUCAAUCUGCCUUUUCAUUGGUCGACAGCCAUCACAGGACAGAUCAUAGAGAUUAUAAGACUUACUGCUUUACAGACUGACUGCUUUACAUUUAUUUAUGGCGAAACAUUGAGGGAUUUCCGGUUGAUAUCGUGGAAAAUGAUAAAAAUUUGGACGUGCCGAAGCCACGAAGAAAACACCGCUCUUCAACAUCGAAAAAAAUCACUUUACCGUUCCGUUUCGCAUUAAAGUCCAGGUACUCUUGUUAAUUUUGAGCUUUUACUCCUUGCUUGAACUAUGCUAAAACUGGGAAAAAUUGAUGUUUUCAAAGUUGUAUUAUUUUCGUAAUUUCCCGCUCCUCGUUAACGUUCGCGGCUUUGCAUCCAGGAAUGAGAAUUUACAUCCGGGCAGCGAGAUUUUAGCCAAUCAUAGAGCGUUAUUUGCCCCCAUUAGGCAGCUUCAAUAAUUGUCCCUCGACUUUCCCGCAAUGCCCACUCUAUUCUUUUAUAAUCUCUAUGGAACAGAUGACGCCAUCUUAGCGACGUAAUAUUUUGAAGCCAAUCACAAUAAUGCAGAAAACGUUUUUCCAUUUCUUUUAUUUCUAUUUCUUCCACAAAAUAUUUUUAAAUUUUAUUUCAUAUUCUUUGUAAUUUGAAACAUCAGUGCACAAUGAAAACUUAAGAUGGACGUAUUGAUAUUUCCGACAUUGGUGAAGGUAUCAUAGGGGGGGGGGGGCAGUGUUCCCCAUGUUCACUUGACAAGUUUUCCUUUGUUCCCUGGCUCCCAUAAAAAAUAUUGCACCAUGUUUCCUUGUAUCUCAAGCUUACAUGUUACCUUGUUUCCUUGUUCCCUAAAAUCCCUGCGAGACCCUAUGUCCCGCAAACCUUUUUUUUUGUUUUCCGUAAAAAUUAAGUAAUUAAUAAUUCACCAAUUAUCGACAUCCAUAAUUAUCACCAUUUUCUCAAGCGUACGCUGGGAGGGAGGAGGGAGGGGGUUAACGCUGAUGUACGCUUUUGGACGCCAUUGGCUUCAUUUAUGCGCAGUAGAUGUGUUGCAGUAUAGUCCUGAAUAAAAGAACCAGUGUGUUAACAUCCACUAGUCUGAAAUUUGGGCAAUUAAGCAUCCAAAAUACAAGAACCACUUCGGGCUGACAAAUGAAACUGGUUUCUAUUUAGCUGAAUUAUAGUAAGCAGGUACUAGGAAGAAUCAAAAAUAAAAUACUGUAACCUUGCUAGCGUGAAUUAUGUCUUUCAUGCACAUUAUGCAUGCAUUUAUUUUAUCAAAACUAGUUUCAUGGAAAACAAUAAAAGAUUUAACACUCUAAACCAGGAACAAUUGUUUUUGACUAGAAAUAAGAACCAGUUCAGCCUGAUUUCUUUGUAAGUACCCGUUAUGAGUUUUACUGUAUCUAUAUAGUUCUAGUUUUGAGGUCACCUGUUAACACAAUGAAAUUCAGGCAACAAAACAUAAACGAUUGGUGUGUUUUAUUUGUUGAAUUUCACCAUUUAGGUUGCGAAUGUCCCAGCACCCAAACAGUGGAAGCCAAAGUCGAACCCGGUGAUACGACAGUCGAUGUGAGUUGGCAGGAACCUGAACCCAAUUGUCCGACCACGCAAAGCCCAGACAAUCCGAAAACUAGCGAAUCGCUCUCUGUUGGUACUUAUGCGCGCACAUACACCUAUACCUACAGCAUCCCCGAAAUACACAGUUUCAACAUAAAAUGUCACGUGAAUAUUGUCGUCACAGGUAUGUUAAACGUUCAUUCUAUAACGCUUAUCCACCAGAUAGAGAUUUUUAAAAAUUUUCUAAAAUUGUCUGUUGAUUGGUAUAAGUUAGGUUAAUGUUACAAGAAUAUAUACAUUAAAGAUAUUUUAUUAAUUGUGAGGCUUUUCAAGCAUUUUCACAAAGUUUGAAAAAUCACUUUUAUAUAUGGGAAAGGCCCCUCCUCAAUGAUUGAUAGGUUAAUAUCCUCAUGCCAAAAGGCUUUCGCUGCAAACCUUGAAGUGAUUUUAACAGGUAGUUUGUACCCAAACCACAAAAGCUUAUUGAAGAACACUAUACCUACACUGGAUCCCCAUGUUUGAGAUAUCUUCUCAGGUAAUUCAGACACAAAGCACGACAUCGAGCACGGAUUGCAAUUACAUGUCUCACCAACGUCUCCUGAUUCCUUUCAUUUUAGGAGAACUUUGCGGUGAAACGGUUUAUGACCCGACUAAAGAAGAUUGCUGCUGUGGUAAAAUUGAGACGAAAAAAUAUGGCUACCAGUGUUGUGGCAUGAGGUACUACAAUACUCGUACGAAGAAAUGCUGCAACAAUGAAAGAGCCAUUCUUGUGCCUAUUGGAGGGAACUGCCCUUGAGACAACAAUUCUUGUACCUUUCAAGGAACUUCUUGUAGUAGAUACGUAGAGAAUAACAGCAGUAUGCUAUUUGUAUCCAUUACAAGAAUGAUCAUA